CAGGGCCACUGAAAAGUCAGGAGAGGCUCAAAUCUGAUCUCUCACGGAUUCUUACCUCUAAUGUCAGAUAAUGCCCGGAAACGUUGCCACCAAAUAAGUAUGAGAGUAUUAUUUUGGAAAAACAGUUAAUCCCUACCAAAAUAUAAAGCGCCAGAGGAAAGAAGGGGAGACUGGAAGACAAGGAAGCCCUUUGCAUUCGCUUGUGGAGGAAAGUGCGAUCUGGGGAGGGGUUGGGGGGGGUUCCAGGCCGUAUACUUCAGCACCGGAGGGGAUGGACAGCGUCUCCGGACUGGUCCGCAGCCACAGGGACAGAACUGCGCUGCCCUUGCCGCCACUGUCGUCGCCACGGGCAUCUGGACUCCCUGCUCCUCGCAGCUAAAAGGCGGUGCCUCCUGAUACCCCUUGGUCCCCCCUUCCUUUCCUUGAUAGACGGAAAUUAACCCUCCUUAUCCACCUGCUACAACUACCAUACAGGGCUCUGAGGAGUCCUCUUCUUCCACGGAUCAAACUCUCAGCAACAACUUCAAGAAUAAUUCUCCGUAGGGGGUGGGAGGAAUGAAAGCAGGAGCGUGAAGUUGAAGUUCUUAGAGGCUCUGAAAAACCAUGGGCUCUGCAGAAGGGGUCGAAAUGCUCAAAGGCCCACACUUCAUGAAAUAAACAGAAUGCUCACCGAGAGUUGCAACUAUUUUGGGAAUAGCUUUGUGAGAGGAGGUUCCAGAUCUACUCACAUCCCUACAUUAGAGAAACUGAAAGACUUCUAAUUCCUUUACUUGGCUGACUAUUCCCCAGAAUGUUGAGAUUGCCAGAGAAGUGACCUCUGAAAAAGGAAAAUAUUGCUCUACCUAAAUUCAGACGACAUCCUUUGUGGUGCCAUAGCACAUGGAUUUCAGGACUGCCUGUGAAGAGACAAAGACAGGGAUUUGUUUGCUGCAGGAUGGUAAUCAGGAGCCUUUCAAAGUCCGGCUGCACCUAGCCAAAGAUAUUUUGAUGAUCCAGGAACAGGAUGUGAUAUGUGUGUCUGGUGAGCCUUUCUAUUCUGGUGAAAGAGCGGUGACCAUUAGAAGACAAACUGUAGGAGGAUUUGGAUUAAGCAUAAAGGGGGGAGCAGAACAUAAUAUUCCAGUUGUCAUUUCAAAAAUCUCCAAGGAGCAAAGAGCGGAACUUUCAGGACUGCUCUUUAUCGGAGAUGCUAUUCUACAGAUAAAUGGAAUUAAUGUGAGAAAAUGCAGACAUGAAGAAGUGGUUCAGGUGCUUCGGAACGCUGGAGAAGAAGUGACCCUAACAGUGUCAUUUUUAAAAAGAGCACCUGCUUUCCUCAAACUCCCACUGAAUGAAGAUUGUGCAUGUGCUCCAAGUGACCAGAGCAGUGGCACCUCCUCUCCACUUUGUGACAGUGGCUUGCAUCUCAACUAUCAUCCCAACAAUACAGACACAUUGUCAUGUUCUUCAUGGCCAACAUCUCCAGGCUUGAGAUGGGAAAAGCGAUGGUGUGACCUUAGGCUGAUCCCGCUGCUUCAUUCACGUUUCUCUCAGUAUGUGCCUGGGACAGAUUUGAGUCGGCAGAAUGCUUUUCAAGUCAUUGCUGUGGACGGGGUCUGCAGUGGGAUUAUUCAGUGCCUCUCUGCUGAAGACUGUAUUGACUGGCUACAAGCAAUAGCAACUAACAUUUCAAACCUCACAAAGCACAAUAUUAAAAAAAUCAACAGAAACUUUCCUGUAAACCAGCAGAUAGUCUACAUGGGCUGGUGUGAAGCACGGGAGCAAGACCCUCUACAAGAUCGUGUGUACUCACCAACAUUUCUAGCCCUGAGGGGAUCAUGUCUUUACAAAUUUCUGGCACCUCCAGUGACAACGUGGGACUGGACCCGAGCAGAGAAAACAUUUUCAGUUUAUGAGAUUAUGUGCAAGAUUCUCAAGGACAGUGACCUGCUGGACCGGCGGAAACACUGCUUCACGGUGCAGUCUGAGUCUGGGGAGGAUCUCUACUUCUCCGUGGAGUUAGAGUCUGACCUCGCCCAGUGGGAAAGAGCCUUCCAAACAGCAACCUUUCUGGAGGUGGAACGGAUACAGUGCAAGACAUAUGCAUGUGUGCUAGAAAGUCAUCUAAUGGGACUCACAAUUGACUUUAGCACAGGAUUUAUCUGCUUUGAUGCUGCAACAAAGGCUAUACUUUGGAGGUAUAAGUUUUCUCAGCUUAAGGGUUCUUCAGAUGAUGGCAAGAGCAAAAUCAAAUUUUUGUUUCAGAAUCCAGAUACUAAGCAGAUUGAAGCUAAGGAGCUGGAGUUUUCAAAUCUUUUUGCUGUUCUUCACUGCAUUCAUUCAUUCUUCGCUGCCAAAGUAGCUUGUUUGGACCCUCUCUUCUUAGGCCAUCAGGCUACUGCUUCUGCUGCUGCAAGCUCUGCUACUGCAAGCAAAGCAAAGUAUACAACUUGACAUACGGAGCUUUGCAUUGCCACUUACCAUGACUAUAUAAAGAGAAUAGACAUCGUCAUCAUUUUAGACCCUGGAGAAACAAUGAUACCACCAAGUCAACAGUGAAUUCAGUUUGAAAUUUCAGCAGAAAACAAAGUCAUAAGGGAUCUCAAAAGCACUUCUGUUUUGGAAGGCAUUUGUGAAUAAUCGUAAAUGAAAAUAACAGCUUGUUCUCACUCCUUUUAUUUGUUUAUUUCUACCAGUAUUUCAUUGACAGUGAAGACGAAAGAAGGAAUGAUUCAAUGUAUGUAAAUAAUAUAAAAAUUGUAAGCUACCUAUAAAUAAAAAUGCCACCUAAAUGGUUGUUUCUGUAUUUUAGAUUAUUUUGUAUGACAAAUACAUGUUGGGCCCGAUCAUGAACUGAUGCCCUAUCAUGGAAUUAUGAGUGAUAUAUAAAGGAGACAAAAAACCACAUGGCAGCAAGGAAAAAAGCAUACAAAAAAAUUCAUCAAAGAAGAAAGCCCUUUAAUUUGCUGAUGUAGAUUUUUCCUUGAAUUCUCAUUCUGCGAAAUGACACUGGCAUUCCAAUUUUGUUUAUCUUAUUGUCAACUAUUCCUAAGAUUUUCAAAAGAAUAAAUACAGCUAUUCUAUGAUAGACAAAAUGUAAAAUGUACUUUUUCCUUAAAUCACUGAUAUCAAUGUUUUAUCGCUGUUAGUGUCAACCAAAUAUGCUGAAAUGUGUUAAUUUAAUUAUGAACCAAGGAAACAUUCAUGAACCUCUUGUUCUUUCCUCCACUUAUGGAGAUUUAUACUUACCUAAUAUGAUUUGUUAUGAAAGUUUCAUAAAUUUUCAGUGGCCCCAAAAACUUUUGUAGAAAAAAUAUCAAAAAUGUUGUGUGAGAACCAAUUCUUUGUACUCAUAAUUUUACUAGUUAAUCAUGGACUGAAAUGACCUUAGAGUGUAGUCUCAGUUUUACUUAUUUCAGGUAAAUGACAUUUUCCCAUUUUAGUAAUAUUUUAUGAUAAAAAUAAGGUGAGAUAUGAAUAUAAAAUUUUAAAUUUCUAACUUAUCAUGUCAUAAAAAGUGAUUAUAUAAUGCCAAACUAUGUGGGUUAUUUUAGUUAUCUUGUCUUAGUAAAUGAAAGAGGAUGGAAAUUUGAAAGCAUCAGAGUAUGUGCCCCUGACUCAGAUCCCAGGGAUUAUAUCACCAUUUGUUUAGUGUGGAAAACACUAUCUGCCUUUUACUACAGCUGUACUGAGAUCUGCUUUUAAACAACCAGCUGCCUAUUAGAAAAAAGAAAAAAAAUAUUUUUUUAAUUAACACACAUGAUCCCAACUAAAUCAAACAUUGUAUAGUUCCUUAUGAAGAUGAUGAAAUACCCAAUAAGGUGGUUUGAUUUUUCUUUUUUAAACAGGAAAAGAAAAGUUAUGUGAGAAGGAAACAAAAUUAUUUGCAAAAGGGACGCAUGAUCAUUAUGCUUUAAAGUUUAUCAAGCUAUUUCCAUAAUCAUCAUAAAUUAUUAAUUCACUUUGUGUCUGGUUAAUUCUUAAGCAUGUUAAAUUGAAAAGAAAAAGUGAAGAUUCAUAAUUGUACCUGGCAAGAGUUAAGUUUGAUCAAGGACACCUUAUUAAAAGAACUGUGGCUAAUUGGACACUACAUAGUUUUGAUACAUUUUAUCUUGACCAUAAAAUUAAUAUAUGUUCAUAAUUGGGAUAAUACUGUGGAAUUAUUGCUUACUAAGUAUUCACCAAAUAGAACAGCCAUUCUAAAGCCAGAAGUCCACCAAAAGCAGGCUUCAGUAAGCCUCUCUUGAGUCUAUGGGGGAAGAGUAGAGAGACGCAUCUGCCUCAGGGUCAGAAGCAGUAGUAGCCACUUCAUUAUAGAAUCUCUGCUAUGAGCUAGAGUUGUAUCUUGGUGUGUGCCCCACAUUGGGGCAACAUUUAUGUGUCCACAGUGUGAUAAUUUGGUCUACAGGUAAUAGGAAAUGGGCUAGUUAGCCAAAAGGAAAAAAAUAGUUUUAAAACCUUAUAUAUGUGUUAUGUAAUCAUUUUAAUAGAUAUGAUCAGAUUUUGUAAAAGCUCCAUUUUAAAUAACAAAAAGACAAUUUAAUUAAAUAUCCUUUUUGUUAUAUCAUAAAAAUCUUCUAGUCUGUGCUAGUGUGUAUGAUGAAGGAAAAGGUGCACAAUGAGAUAUGUAUGGGUGUAUAUCUCCUUGUACAACACACAUACACACAUAUAUAUGUGUGUAUUUGUAUAUAAUAAAAUGCUACCCACAAAUUAUAUUAGAAGAAUAUAUUUCAAGUACAUAUAUUUAAUAUACUUAAAUUUACACUGUAAAUUGUAGCUUGAAUUAAAAUUUAUAAUACAAUAUUGUGUUUAUUUUUGAUACCAUUGAUAAAAAACUAACAGGCCUAAAUUACUACUUAACAUUAGUGGAGCACCUACCUAUUAGAAAAAUAUUAUUCUGAUGUUCAUCAAUUACCAAAUAGUACUUAACAUUUUCCUCUACAGUGGAAUGAUUAACCACUGUCAUUUGUUAUAACUUGGAUUAUUUGAAUGAGAAAGCUUAAAAAUGAACAAAAUACUCAGAUAAAUCUCUAUUUCUCAUGUAAUUUAUGUUUAGAUGCAUGAGAUUUAUUCAUGAAAUCCUAGUUUGUACUAGAGCACAUUUUAAUAACAGAAUGCUUAAUUAUGUGUUAACCCCUCCAGUGCCUUGGGAUACGUGUGUGUGUGUGUGUGUGUGUGUGUGUGUGUACACAUUAUACAUAUAUGUAUACAUAUGUAUGUGUAUAUAUAUACAUAUACAUAUAUAUGCACAUUAAAGGGUUCAUUAUAGUGUACAUAGUGCAAGCUCAAAGGGAAUAUUAUAUUAUAGGUACUUAGGUCAGAGAAGGGAGUUCAAAUAUCAUUUGAAGUAUUUGUUAACUACUAUAAUAAUGUAUUUUGCCUAAUAAAGGAUAACAAUUAAUUUAAGCUAAAGUAUAUUGAAGCAGGAGCAUUUUUAAUUUGUUAUACUGCAACAAAUAUUUAUUUCAAAAAUACUUUAAGAUAAUAUGAGUGUAAUGUAUACUCCAACAUUUACCAUCCAACAAUAUUUCAAGGGGAGAACCACCAGCUUAUCAUUCUUGCUCAUUUUUCAGGCAAGUACCACUUUAGAGUUUUAAAGUCUUUGCUCACAAAGCUGUCAUUAAACAGGAAGAAAAGUAAUUACUUGAAAAUAAAUAUCAAGUUCAUAUUAACCAUGUAAGCAGAGAAAUUUUCCUUUGAGUGCAUUGGCUUAUAGAUAGACAUUUCCUUCAUUUGCAAUGACAAAGCUUGUUCAUAAACUUUGUUUACAUGGAAUGUUGGGUUUGAGAGAGGCUUGAUUUAUUAUUGUGGAAAAUUAAUAAUCCUAACAAUUAUUUAGAAUUACUGCUAGAAAUCAGCAGGUGGAGAAGCUUUAAAAGCACAAGGAGGAUCUUGUGCUUAACUUUUUAAGGUAAGUGUACAUGUUCCGAUAUUAAUGACAAACAUUUUGCUACUCUUAAUAGUGCUGUACUCAUGAGCUCUUCUUAAGGAAUUGCUUUAUUCAUACCUCUAAAACUCUUGUUUAUGAUUUAUUCUUAUUCCUUAAUACUUUAAAAUCAUAAUUCACUUAUUUGCACAUUCGA